AUGGACAAGUGGGACAACAUACCAUCAAGAAAACAGCACCAAAGAGAAAACCCUUCUUUCUCUAGCACUCUCCUUGACGUUAUCUACCGUUCAAUUGACGAAGAUCAGACGGAGGAGAAGGAAGAGGAGCAACUCAUCUUCUACAGAGAAACCAUGAGAAAGCAGAAACAGAGCAAUUGUUUCAGAGAGGACAAAACUGAAGCUGAGAAACACAACUCUCGCAGGGCCAGGAAGGUGGAGAAUUGGAUAGAGAAGAGAACCAGCGAGAAGGUUCUAAUGGGGAGAAACUCGUUGACGGAAUUUGAAAGAAGAACACGAAACAAUUCGAUUUCAAACACUCUCUCCAUGUAUUCAAGCUCAACCUCUUCCUCUGAGUCAAGCUCUGUUGGGGGCUUCUCUUCUUCAGAGUCAGAGUCCUUCUAUGGUGUGCAAAGGCCAAAGCCAGUUAAAACCAAUGUUUCUGACAAAACCAAAAACAACUUUGAUGCUGCACUUCACAAUCACAACUUCAGGAGCCACUCUUCCCAAACCCAGAAGCCAAAGCAUGAGAACGGUUUUGGCAAAACCAAGUCCAAAGCCUUGAAAAUCCUUUAUGGUGAGUUGAAGAAAGCAAAGCAACCAAUUUCACCAGGUGCAAGACUCGCUAGCUUUCUCAACUCUCUCUUCACUUCAAAUGGAAAUGCCAAAAAAGCAAAGGUUUCAACAACAACUACAUCUACUUGUCGUCCUGUCUUGAUUCCGGUUGUGGCAAAUCGUGCCGCCGAUACUAAAUCAGCGGCACAACAACCUGGUUCUACAUGUUCAUCAGCGUCUUCAUUUUCAAGGUCUUGUUUGAGCAAAACUCCUUCUUCAAGAUCAGGUGCCAAAAGGUCUGUGAGGUUUUGCCCGGUGAGUGUGAUAGUGGAUGAAGAUUGUAGGCCUUGUGGGCACAAGAAUGUUUACGAGGGUGAAGAAGGUUUGGUGGCUUCCAUUGGAAAGAACAGGAGUGAGGAACUGAGGCUGCAUGUCAUGCAGGAGAGUCGCAGGGUGGAGGAGUUAGCAAGAGACUUGUUGAAGAACUAUCAGAAAAAGGGUGAAGUGGAGUUUGAUGCUGUUAUGCAUUAUGAGGAGGAAGAAGAAGAUGAUGUGGCCAGUUGUUCAAGUUCUGAUCUAUUUGAGUUGGAUAAUCUAUCAGCAAUUGGGAUUGAGAGGUAUAGGGAAGAGUUACCUGUGUAUGAAACUACCCAUUUCAAUACCAACAGAGCCAUUGCCAAUGGCUUCAUUCUGUAA